GAGUGGCUUGGCUGGCCGCUCGGGAGGGCCCAGGCGCGCGAGGUCAUUGACGCAUACACGACGUCGCCAGGCGUUGCGGUCGUGCCGGCGGCGCACCUCUCGAUCCAGAGCGCCGACUGGCAUCACGCCUUGGACAUGGCCCACCAGUCCAUCCAGAUGAUGUAUUCGCUGCAAGCAUCUCUCUCGCUGCAGCUGUCGCACUUGCUGCUCGAUGCGACUGGCGUUGCGCCAACGUUGUUGCCGCCACGUGCAAACAGCGUUGGCACCGUCGCCUUCCUGCUCCCGUCCAUGUUUACGGGCGGCGAGAUGGUCCUAUCGAACGACAACGCCACGCAUAUGUGGCAGCACGACUCACAUCUCACGCGGCUGCACUGUCUGAUCCACGCCGCGUCGACGGUCGUCACGGUUCAUCCCAUCACGAGCGGGCGGCGCGCGCUUUUGGUCUACGACCUCGUAGACACGUCGCCGUCGACGCGCUUCGAGGACGCGGUGGCCAAGCUCGCGGCGGCGGCGCGCGUGACGCCUCGGCCAUUUCACUUUGCGAGUCUUCGCUUGUCAGUACCAAACCCGACGUUGGCCUACGACCAGCUCACGCAUGGCGACAAGCACGUGGUGCAGGCGCUGCUUCAGUCCGGCGCGUACGACGUGGUGCUUGCCGAGCAUGAGAAAUACGCCGACCUCUUCAACGACGGCGACACGGGGUACGCUGCGACGAUCCGGCGCUUCCAGGAGGUGCCCGGUGCGGCGCUGCCCGACGUCGUCGCGGACCGCACGCACUACCUCUCGGCCGAAGCCCUUCUCUUGGAGAAGGCCGACCCGCGCCAGGACAGCUACAGCGGGCCCCGGUACUCGCUCUUCUUCUGGCCGAAAUGCGCUCGCAUUCUCGUCGUCGACCUCGAGACCGGCGUCCACGCGCUCCAGGACAGCGUCCGCAACCGUUCGGAUGAAAAUACGCUUCUCGGUCAACCGUCGAUGACGGCUCUUCUCGAUGCUCUCUUGGUCCGGUUCAACGACCGCACCGAGCCCGAGGUCGGUGCGUCGUACGGCCAAAGCCUCUGCGUCUUGUGCGACGUGCUCAUUGCGCUGCGAGAGACUGCUACGGUCCAAUACCUUGUGCGCGACAUUGCUCGGUACACCAAGGACGCCGACUCGUUCACAGGCGUCGCGUGCGCCAUUUCGAAGCUGAUCGCCUCUUUUGGCUGGGAAACACUCUCGGUCUCGCUGCACGCCAUGCUGCGCCGCUGGAGCAAGAGCGCGCGCGGCCUCCACUUGUGCUACCGCCUCGUCGCCAACUUGGCCGGCGCCGCCGAGUCGCCGAUCUGCGCGCCCAUGUCGCAGCCGUUCGCGGUCGAGUGCAUCGUGUCGCUUUGGUCGCAACUUGCGGCCGAGGUCGAGGAUGUCAUCCAGCCAUGCGGUACGGUCAUCGUGGAAGACGGCUGCAUGGACGACAGCUGCGCCGCGGAGGCGCCCCGUGCUAUCUUCCAGUACACCUUGUUUCUGCAGUUGUACGUGGCCCGCCCAGAGCUCCUGCGCCAGCGCUGGCUCUACAACCGCCUGCCGGACUCUGUCGUGGCCCACAUUGCGUCGUAUCUCGGGCCACCCGUGUCGCUGGCCGAGAUGCAAGGCAUGGAUAUCUUCGAGCCUGUGCUCGACAUGACACCGGGUGUGGCGGCAGCGAUGCGCCUUGGGCUGGACCCUCGCGCCAACAUGGGCUUCAUCAACGACAUCCUCGACGCGUACCUGCAUGGCACCGACCCUGACCUCGAGGACAACGUCCACUUUGACCGGCAGCUCGUGUCGUCGCUGUUGGUGGUCGCCGCCGUCGGCCACCGGUUCACGGCCGUGCUGGACCAGCUUACAUUUGAUCGGCACUUGGCGCUUGCUCCGUCGAUUCUCGGGUUCGUGCAGCUCUGGCCCGAGAUUGCCUCGCCCGCCAUUCGCCAACAGUGCUCGGAGCUGCUGCUGGACGCGGCGGGCGACAGUAUCGUCGCCAACCAAGGCCGGAUCGGUCGGUCCCGGCCCUGGCCCGUGCUCAACGCAGUCUCGGCGCUGACAUAUUUUGCCCAGUUUGACCGCGUCCACUUGAUGACGUUCAUGGCCACGUGGCUUGCGGCGCUGGGGCGCGACGCCAUUCGAACGACGCUCGGCGAUGUCGUGAUCGAGUUGCAAGCGCUGGUGCCGUCUGAGGCGCGCUUGCUCUCGCGACUCGCGCGCGUCUACUUGGCAGACGUCGCCAACGCGCCCUCUGUGCAGCGUCUCACCGACUAUGCGCUUCUCAACAUUGCUGUGCCGGCGUGCUGCGACCAUUGCCGCGACUUUGAGCGGUACCUCAAGGACCCCGUGCGCGUCACGUUUGCCGUUGGCGACUGGAACGCGUGCGACCGCAUGCUCAAGCGGGUGCGUCGUCAUCCGCUGCAGUUGCAGCUGCAGCACACCACGUCGCCACGUCAUGACGACAAUUUCGAGCUCGAGCACGACUUGGAGUACGACGAGGUCGUCGACGCGGCGUUCGUAUGCAAGGUGCGUCAGCCAGGACAAGUCACGGCCUCGGCGCUGCGCGACCACUUUGCCCGCCAGCGCGACGCCACCGAGCUUACGCAAAAGACACAGCGCAUCACCGCCAUUCGUGACGCGGCGAUGGCCUCCAUGAUGGGCUCCGACGGAUCCACCACGUACGACUGGUAGAUUGUCAACACUAAAAUAUUAUUGUGUAAAUGCCAAUCUCGCCGCGCUGGCGACGUUGCUGGAGGCGCACCAGGCUUGGCGCGGCCGAAGCGUGCCAUCUACUCUCAAGCCCUAUCACGUGAACGACCGGGACUCGCGCAACAAAAGCCAACGCACUACCUCCGCUGCGGUGCGCAGGCUUUUCUGGGCCGACGCUCUGUCGUCGCGCGCUUAGUAGCAGUGUUGCUAUGCGACAUGACGUCAGUGGCAAAAUGACAAACUCAAAACUCAAAAAAUCACGAGUCUCAGUCUUAAA